CCCUCCUCAUCAUCUUUUUUAUCGCACUUGAUUUGCUUAAUUUUGGGUCCAAAUACGAUGCGAGCCUUUGUGAUAAAAAAUCUAGCGCCGUCACGUCACAUGUCUCUCAAAGCCCCUGGAUGCACUCGCACAAUGUCACUCGACAACCCGGCCGAGAACGAGCAGCUCUUCAGCUAUACUAGUGGCCGUUGGCUUUGGAAUGAAAAGCAGCAACUGGAUGCCCGCUACCGACAGUUCAACAUCUCGAGCCUCAAAAAGAUUGCUUGUGGGGUAAUAGGAUCGACAGGGUGCGUCUCAAUCGAGAAGAUUGGGGAAGGGAACUACAAUAAGGCAUUACGCCUUGUAAUGCGGAAUGGCCAGAACCUCAUAGUCAAGAUCCCCAACCCUAACGCUGGCCCCAUCAAGCAUACGACUGCCUCAGAAGUAGCUACUAUGGAGUUUGCUAGGACCAUUCUAAACCUUCCUGUGCCCAAAGUCCUAGCUUGGAGCGCGACGAGCCAGAAUCCCGUCGAGUCCGAAUACAUCAUCAUGGAGGAAGCAAAGGGCCUUCAGCUUCACACAGUCUGGCCGGAAUUGGAACUUAGGGCUAAGCGGGAUAUUAUUCACCAGAUUGUCGAUAUUGAGAAGAAGAUGCUCUCAGUAUCGUUCGAUAAGAUCGGGUCGCUGUAUUUUAAGGACAGUGGAAUUUUGGAAUGUGAGUCGGUAGAGGCUACAGCACCAUCGCGAAAGGCGGCGGACGGUAUCGAAUCACGCUUCUCCAUCGGACCGAUUGUCCGAAGGGAGUUCUGGGCAGGAGAGCGAAGCGAUAUGCACCAUUACCACGGUCCGUGGAAAUCAGCUAGGCAGUACCUGGAAACCAUCGCUAGGCGCGAGAUUGACUGGAUCAGCAGACACGCGGUCCCUAGCAAGACGGCCCAAAACCCACGGCAGUUCACGUCUGAAGCACAAAGCUCUCCGGAGGCCCAUGUGUCGUCGCUGUGCAAGUUCAUCUCAGCCAUCCCCUGCAUUAUUCCGAGGGACUCCGAUCUCUCUUCUCCCCGUUUCUGGCACCCAGACUUCCACUCCGGCAACAUAUACGUCGAUGGUGAUGGCAAAAUAUCAAGCAUCAUCGACUGGCAGGGUCGAAUCAACUCCAUUCCGCGGUCUUCGCGCUCCGAACCGCAUCGUCUCCAGCAAAAAGAAAGUCAAGUCGUCUCGCGUUUUCUUGUAGUACCAUGCGAGCCAACAACGUACAUCUUAACACUAGAGCGUGCUAUCCUUAUAAUACGCGUCUGUAUACGGUAUACCUUAGGAGCCUACACCUUAGCCUAG